AUGUAUUCAUCAACUCGAGUUGUAAUUUGUGGAGCAGGUCCUUCUGGUCUUAGUCAAUUGCAUGCAUUUGAAUCCGCUCGACAACGUGGCAUUCAAAUACCUGAAAUAGUAUGUUUCGAAAAACAAAAUGAUCUUGGUGGUCAAUGGAAUUCUACAUGGAGAACAGGAUUCGAUGAAUAUUCUGAACCUAUUCAUAGUAGUAUGUAUCCAAAUUUAUGGAUAAAUCUACCGAAAGAAUGUACAGAAUUUGUUGAUUAUUCAUUUGACAAACAUUUUGGUCAAUCAUUUACAUCAUUUCCACCUCGAACUGUUAUGUAUGAUUAUAUUCGUGGAUAUGCAAAACAAAAUAAUGUUCGUCAAUAUAUUCAAUUUAAUACAGUUGUUCGAUGGAUUUCUUAUUCGAAAGAUACGAAACGAUUCAAUGUACUUGUGAAAGAUUUGUGUAAAGAUAAAACACGAUCUGAAGAAUUCGAUUAUGUUAUUGUAGCUACUGGACAUUUUUCCAUGCCUAAUAUACCCCAUUUCGAUGGAAUAGAAACCUUUCAUGGUCGGAUAUUACAUUCGCAUGAUUUUCGUUCAGCUCAAGAGUUUCGUGAUAAAAAUGUGCUGCUGAUUGGUAACGGUAAUUCAGCCAUCGACAUUGCCUUACAAUUAUACAAAUACGGAGCUAAAUCGAUAACGCUUUCCUAUCGAACUAAAGCUACGAAUUUCAAAUGGCCUGAUGAAAUUAAAGAAGUCCCAUUACUUGUUAAGAUUGAUAGAGAUAUAAUCUAUUUUAAAGAUGAUUCAUUUCAAAAAUUUCAGGCAAUUAUUUAUUGUACUGGAUAUUUACACUAUUUUUCAUUUCUUGAUGAUGAUCUUCGUUUGAAUACAACGAAUUUUAUUUAUCCAUCGAAUUUAUACAAGGCAAUAUUUUGGUUAAAUCAACCUCGUUUACUCUAUUUGGGUAUCCAACGUCUAACAUUUAGUUUUAAUAUCGGAAAUGUUCAAGCAUGGUAUGCUCGUGAUGUAAUUCUUGGAAAAAUUAAUUUACCUUCGACAAAAGAAGAAAUGCAAGCUGAUAUAGUCCUAUGGGAAAACAAAGGGAAAAAAGUGCAAAAUUUUAGUGAUUAUAUUCAUUUUCAAAAAGAAUAUAUUCUGAAUUUGAUCGAGACGACUGAUUAUCCACGUUUUGAUAUUCAUCGAAUGGUAGAAAUAUUACUCGAAAAUGUUAAAUCAAAAUUUGAAAAUAUACUUACAUAUAGAGAAAAAACAUAUGCUUCAACAUUUACAAACACAAUGGCAAAACAACAUCACACACCUUGGUUGAAUGAAAUGGAUGACAGACUAGAAAACUUUAUCCGAAAACAAAUUUCUUUUAUCGAAAAUAUAUGGUAA